AAGAGUCAAUACGCGUAUAACGAAACCCUCCGAGUUAUGCAGUCGGCCAGCAUGGAAACUAAAGCCAAUUCGAACAUGUCAUCGCCAAAGGCGACAGACUUCGGCACAGCCCUUUGCAUUAUAACCGGGGCCUCAAAAGGUUUGGGUCGGAGCUUGGCUAGAGAAAUAGCGGGGCUCUUAAAACCUGGGUCAGUGCUCCUACUUGUUGCAAGAUCUGGAGAUAAGCUUCAGCAACUGCAGGCGGAUUUGGUCUCGUCCGAAGCUGGCACAGCCGGCUUGCAAAUUCGCUGUGUGGUGGCAGACCUGAGCCACAAAGAAGGAGUGGAGAGCGUUGUACGACAGGCCAAAGAGACCUCAUGCUCUGGGAUCGACCGUCUACUCCUUUUCAACAACGCAGCUUCACUUGGCGAUGUAUCUCGGUACGCACGAAGUUUCACGAACAUGGACGACGUGGAUUCCUAUUUGUCAUUCAACGUGAGCUCGGCUUUGUGUUUGACUGCGGGGAUACUCGGGGCCUUUCCACAUCGCAUCGGCAUACGGCGCUGCAUAGUCAACAUCAGUUCGUUAUGUGCUGUAAAGCCAUUUUCCUCCUGGGUCCUAUACUGCAGUGGGAAAGCUGCGCGCGAUAUGAUAUUCCGGGUCUUGGCUGAGGAAGAGCCGGACCUCAGGGUUCUAAACUACGCACCAGGCCCUCUAGACACAGAUAUGCUUCUGCAGGCCAGGACAUUCACGGCUGAUGCCACUGUGAAGGAGUCUAUCUCAGCUAUGCAUUCUGAAGGCCAUGUGCUCACCUGCGAGGAGUCUGCUGGCAAACUGUUGAAGGUCUUGCUGGAGGACAACUACCCCUCUGGAGCCCAUCUAGAUGUUUAUGAUGUGUGAGUAACAGAAAAGCAUAAAUACUGAUAGCAGAAAUUGUCAGUUCUAGUAUAGUUUAGUUUACUGAUGCUAGUACAAUUUAGUUCAUUGGUGCUAAUACAGUUUAGUUAAUUGAUAUCAGCGAUACUGAUACCUUUUUGUUGUGUCCAUUUCAACUCAUGGCUAUUUUGAAGUGGAAUAGUUCAUCAGUGUGAUGACACUGACCAGGUGGAACAUCAUAGUCUUUUUAUAUAUAUAUAUAUAUAUGAUGUAGGAAUAAACAAAGAGUCAAUACUGUGAUGUAGUAUUGGUCUCAUAUCAGUGAAAAGAUUACAGCAGUGCAUCUCUAGUAUUCAUGAAGUUUAACUUUUAUAUUCAAAAUUAUGUAAUUGGCUUAAUUGUAUAUGUAUAAUUUAACCUUAUCUGAAUUCCACUGAAGUUCACUUCAUUGUCUCUUCUAUUUUUAUGUUACAAGAGCAUUACCAAUUACCAACUGGAGCACUUUGAAAAUUGUACCUUAAUUUAAUGCCUUAUAAAUGUUGUCACUGAUGUUCUUAAAUCAGUGGAUGUAUUUUGCACAGCAUCAACUAAGUAAAAUAAUUGUGAGGCCUAAUAUUUCAUCUAGAAAUGUUGCAUAUUACAAGCCAGCAGAUUUUUAAACAUUAUUUUACAUAUAUGUUACUGAUAAUCAUGAGCCUUAUUCUUAUUAUUUUGCAUUGCUUUUAAAUUAUUGCCGAAAGGCCAGCAGUCAUUCUAUGAGCUGUAUCUUCUUUAUAUCAGCAAUAGGCUGCCAUACCAAAUAAAUAGCAGCAGUUAUUUGGUCAAAAACAGAUCAAUCAACAGUGACGCCAGUAAGAGCCAUCUUCCACAGUAAACAAUGCUCUGGUGCAGCUGACUUCUAAAUGCAAUGCAAGUGAAAAGACACAUGGGUUAUAAUCUACAUAUAAUGGAAUAAAAAAUAGAUAUGGCAGUUUGAUGGGCAUGGCUUUAGGUUAUAUGGGAUGUAUAUUAGACACUGAGAGUAUAAUAAAAUGUGGGCCAAACAGUUCAUUCCAGGUACGAGGUUACAAGUUUCUUAUCCCUAGAUGAUUGUAUGUAGAUUUCAUACUGUUGUUGUAGGCUAACCACUACGGUAUUACUUUUAUGGAGUUUUAAUGUCAGGCUUUGUUUCAAAUCUGUUAAUGUAAUCUUAUAUAGAUGGCAUAUAAUUGAAGUUAUUAUAUGUAUUUGUAGUUAAUAUAAUUGUAACUAGUUUUUAAAUGGUUCUUCAUGUACUGUAUCCCAAUUAUAUUUUUAUUCAAACUAUCCUCCAGAAUAAAGAUUUAUUGUUUAUCCAUCA